UGUCAGCCCAGGUCAGGUCAGCCGACAGUACAGACCCGACAGAGUAGGCCAAGAUCUCGAUCUAAUUCCUUGGAUCAGUAGUUCAGUUUGGUAGUUGGUAGUUUCAUCCUGAAAUCAUGGGGACUCCAGACGAAAGGAAGAAGCAGGACAGUGCAUUGUCUAGAGCUCUCGCAGAAUAUGUGAGAUUGUUACAAGACAGACCAGUGAUCACUAAAGCUAUCACAAAUGGUGUUGUGUCUGGUUUUGGGAACUUACUGUCUCAGGUCCUGGCACCAGACGUUAGCACUGGUGGACGCAUGAACUGGAGGAGCGUGUUUGCAUAUUCAUCGUUCGGCUUCUUAGUGAAUGGACCUUUGAUACAUCAUUUUUAUGUGUACUUGGAGAAGAUCAUGCCCAAGAAUCGACCCAAUGCUGGGAUCAAAAGAGUGCUCUUUGACAGAUUUAUAUUCGCGCCUCCGUUCUUGCUCCUCUUCUUGUACUAUGUUUCUAUCGUGGAGGGUGCUGGCCAGGAAGGGGCUGUGAAGAAGAUUAAGGAACAGUACUGGAUGAUCCUGAAGCUCAACUGGACAGUCUGGAGUGUUGUUCAGUAUAUCAACAUCAACUUUGUUCCUCUCAAGUUCCGAACCUUGUUUGGUAACUUGUGCGCUCUGGUCUGGAUGGUGUUUAUUUCUGUCAAACGCAGGCAGAUGGCGCUGAAGUCAUCAUAGUCUCAUAUGGUUGUUUUGGAGAUGAACUGUAAUGCGAUGCACAAGUUCUGUUUUCUGUGCUGUUAAUGUAAUUGAUCUCAGGACUUUUCCUGUUGACUGAGUACUGAUAUAAAUAUAUAUAUAUGUUAUAUGUAUGUGUAGGCCUACAUAUGUUGCAAUCAUUUUUAUGAUUUGGUGCCUUUACUUCAGAAAAUUACUUUUUUUUUCCUUUUGGUGUGUUUUUUGGAGGUGGAUGCAAGGCAAUACCUAAGUGGAAGGGGAACAUGUGUAUACAUGUAUGCAGUUCCUGUAUUUUCUUAAGUGCUAAUUCCUGUUUGCUUUUUAAAGAUUGGUCAAAUGUCACCAAAUUCUUUAUAAGUUAUAAGCAAUAGUUGUUUUUUUCUUUCGUGUUCAUAUUUUUGUUAUGCAUAUUAUGUUGGGAGGACGUGGAGAUUUUUGUUUAUAAUAUACAGCAGGGUUACUGUUGAGUGAGGCAGAGAAAAAGGCAAACAAAGAGUUCUGUUUCAUUAUUAUUUUGUUUUGUUUUUAUUUUGCAUGGCAUGUCCCUCCGUAAUGGUAAUGGACUGAUCUGUAAGUCCUUGAUGUAUCUCACAGAGUGUAAUCUACUCUACAUUAAACAAAAUGAAGAACCCAUCUCUAAACAGUGAUGGAUUUUAAAAUUUAAAAAUUAUGUUGUUUUAUUGUCAAAGGGCUGUGGAAAGAGCAUAAUUUGUGGCCUGGCUAUUAUUGAUAAAGUUUUACCGACUACUCUGAAAAGGCCAAGGAGCAUUUGGUCAUGUCUACAAGACUCUGGGCUUGGAGGAAAAAUUACGAGGAGGAUGAGAACAAUAUAUAUAUAUCUCCUGCAGUAACACUGGGACAGUUAAAUGUGUUUCUUAAACUACCAUGGCAUACAGCAGUAGAAAGUCAGUUUCUAGUCUAACUGGUUAAAGAAAAGGUCGACUCAUCCAGAGAUAUAAAGUGAAGGAUGGAGAAAGAUGAAUUUCUGACUAUGAUUACACUAUUGUUGAACUAGAAAACAAAUGAAUUGUGUAUGCAAUCUAUAUGUAUUCAUCAUCAUCCGGUGCCUUGCCGACUGGCGUGGGCGAUCACGGACCUUAUUAUCCAGAUAUGAUUGCAUUGAAUUGAAAAGCAACUGAAUCGUAUAUUAUGCCAUCUAUUUGAUCUUUUCAUGACAGAAAAUAGUUAUUGUCUUGCCUUCUUUAGAUGAAGUUUUUUCUUGGUAUUAAAAAACAUGAAAUGGUUAUAAAGUGUGAGGGACCUUAAGCAAUGUACUUGCUGUACAUGUACAAAUGAAAAAUCAGUUUUUAACUUCAAAUACUGUACAUGUUUUUCCUUUUUCCGAGGGAAACUAUGCAGCUACGUAAAUAUUGUUUUAAUAUCUUUUGAAAUCAUUUCAGACAAAUGUUUUAUUUUUUAUGGACUUUUGAACUUUUCUGUGAUUCAUGGUAAUCUAUUGCGUAAUUCAUUUUGUUGGUUUUAACAAAAUUUAUGUGUAAUGAAGUAAUUUGUAUUUUCUCAGCUUGUCUAAAGCUGAAGUACCUCACAAUAUCAUACAGAACAGUCUACUUAAAGAGCCAGCUCUUGCCAAAUUUAGUGGCAGCAGAUUGACUCUUCUUUUCCUACUGGACCGUUUUCCUCAUUAUGAACAACCAUUUUUUUCAUUCUGACUAAGAAGGAAAAGUAUCAUUCCUCUAAUUUCUUGAAGUGGAAACUCAAAUGUGUUUGUAUCAUAAAGCAGGGAAAUUAAUUUCUUAUCUGGAAGUUUAAAGGCAAAGAGUAUUCUGAAUGUAAAUUAGUGGUGUGUGUGUGUGUGAGUCUGAAGGCCAUGGAGUGGAGAAGAUUAAGAUUUGUUGAGCAGCAAAAUGUGAAUCAUGGCUAUAAAGUGUAGAUUGCAAGAAUGGUUCAUCCCAGCUUGCGGUAGAGAAUGAGCUGAAAGGGAAUGUUGUAGAGAAAGAGACUGACAUAAGUCUGAACCACAGCCCUGUGCUUGUCAGGGGAAAUUGUCACUAGUUCUGCUGCCGUGAACGGCAUCUGUAUUUGACAGCUUUUUUUCUGUUCCAUACUACAAUGAGUUGGGAACUACUUAAAUUACACACCAAUCACUGCCUUUCUUAAGAUAAGUUUCUCAAACUUAUCUUCCAUGGGGUUGAAUGUAAAACACAACAAACUUUGCCUUGAAAAAAAAUGGACGUUUGACAGAAGCAGCACUUUUGUGUUCAACAUUUUAAGAGAAAUCCUGAUUGUAUGAAUUUUCUGGUCUCAUGGCAUGCACAACCUUGUGAUUUCUUAUAAAAUAUCUUUACUCGUUGUACUAGUCCUGAAAGCAGUUUAUUAUGAACAAUAAGCUAUGCCUGAACCAAGCUGAGUUUGCAUCCAGUUGGAGGUUACUGCUGAUGGGUCCUAAUUCUUUUUAAACUCUCUGUUGUUUCUUCUAUCUUGCUUUUUCCUUCACUAAAUGAUCGUUAAAAUGUCAAUUCUGUGUGCUUUUCUUUACUUGAACAAGAAACUGGAAGCUUAGUGGUUCUUUUAUCUUCUGUUUAUGUAAAUUUUUUCUCGAUAUUUGUAUAUUUUUGGAAUAUUUUGUUUUCUCUUCUAAGAUUUAUACAUGUACAUUCAAAUUGAAGUUGUUGUUAUGAGGUUCCUUUGAAAGUAUAUAUAUAUGGUAGUCUCGCUGUCAAAAGAUAUUAUUUAACAAGACAAUUGAUCAGAGUAGUUUUCAUUUUGGAUUUAUUUUACUCCUUUUUUACAUUCAUUUCUACUGGUAAUUACUUGAAGUUGAAGUGUUGUAAAUUGUUGCUUUUGCAAGUAUUAUUUUUGUCCAGAUUCAGACAAUUCAUUUGAGUGGCUGAGCAAAGAAAAAAAGGAACGGGCAGACUUGAAGCAUUGCUUCAUUACUCUUUGUUGUUUUAUGAGCUUCAAUUCGAUUCUUGUGGAAAAUUUAUGUUUCUUGUUUUCUCAUACAAUGGCAAGCUUUCUUUGCAAUAGGUGAAACAUAGUAGUGCUGAGCUACUUUGGUUGACAGGUGGCUUCUCUAUUACUUCAAAUAUUAAGUCCUUCAGCCCUCUUUCAGAAAUUUUGUAUUCAUCUACAGGUUGUUCUUUAGGGUAAGUUAUCCUUCCGCAAAGCACAGUUUUAGCUCAGUUGAUGUUGCUCUGGACCAAGGUGCAGAUUGCCCUCGUUCAAAAUUACAAUGGGGCGUUGUUGAGCUUGGGUUGUUCGAGCCGUUUUCAAGGUUUUGCUUCUGCUUGGCUCGAUCCUAUUACUAUUGGGGAUGGACGUUAGAUUCAGAUGCCUGGCAUCAUGAAUAAAUCUUACUUAUAGAGUUGAAAAAGGGGUUCGACAUAUACAAUUACCAAAUUAUUAAUGUUCUCCCAUGGUUUCAUAUGAAGUAUUUAUUGGAAUACAUAUUCAGUAGGUUGAGGUCUACUUACUGCAUAUUUUGCCUAUUAUAUUUGUGUCAUUGAUGCAUUACUUUUACUGAUGUUUUUGUCAACCAGCAGAACUUAGAUAUAUUCUUGUUCAUAAUUAAAGAAGUGAACAGUAAAGAUAUUCUUAUUAAAA